UGAACAAUUGUGUUUUACAUUGUAUGCAAAUACAAAUGGUGUCUUGUUGUCAUUUAAUGAAAUGAAUUCAAAUAAAGGACUAAUCAACGGAUUUACAUUAACUGAUUAAAAAUUAUUUGAUGCAAACAUAUUGACCAUCCAUCUCCGACCUCCCUAUCAGUAAAGAUGUCUAUGAUGCUGGAGAGUCAGACGCUGCCCAACAUAGAGGGCAAGGCCAUGACCUUCACCCUCGACAUACAGGACGCUCAGUUCAACCAUGAGGGCUGGUACUAUCUGGUGAUCACGCUCCAACAUUCAGCAGUCAAGGAUUACAGUACUGUGCGUGUCCAGAAAAGUGACAGCGGUGUGUGGGAGACAAAGCGUCAAGUGCAGACAGACUUCACACGGCAGGAGGAAAACACCCCACUUGCUUUCUUUCACGACAAACGAUUUACCUUCAAGUUUCCAAAAGGUUUCUUCAAGAAUGACAAGAACUUUGAUGUGUACCUACUGGUGGAAGCCUUCACAACGGCCGACACCACAGAGGGCAAAGGUCGCAAGGUAGGCGAGGGGAAAUUUGCUAUUUACCCUCGUCCCAACGCACCUCGUAUGAAGCUUUAUGCAGAGCCAGGGGAAGACUACUACCACUACACAGACGUGAUGUCGUUACUACGCACUCACAGCACUGACAACAUUACGAUGCACUGUGGCCGGAUAAGAUGCACCUACUCCAUCUGCGAGAUUGUGCCACCGAAACCCAAGACCCCACCCCCUGCCUCACCCCCCAGGACCAGUCAGAAGAGGCCCAGCCCUGCCCCAUCACCAGUUCCCAAAGAGGUGACCCCUAGGGACUCCCAGCCUCCUACAGGCCGACUGUCCAAGCCGGCAGACAACCGGGCCCCGGAUCUUAAACCCCAACCCCCUCCAGAGAUCAAGAAACCAGUGCCCCCCACCCCUGCCAGUUCUUGGGGAGACAAUCUGUCACUCGACCUUAACCUGCCAAAGUCACCUCCCUUGCCUCCUGCUACAGAUGGGAAAAAGCUUCCUGAGGCACCAAGGGGUGAUGGCGACAAGAGCACGUUUGCCGUUGACAAGUCGUACCGACACGUUGCCAGUCAGGGGGUGGAGUCUAUAGAGGUGAUCCUGCAUGGGGCUGGUAGUCUACCCUUGACCCCUGAUGGUCAGGUGCCCCAACCAUACGCUGUCGUCAAGACCAAGUCAGGUGAGGCUAAGAACAAGAAGUCCGGUGCAGUGACCCACGCCACACGCCCCACCCAUUCUCCAUACUGGGAGGAGAUGGUCAGUGUGUCAGUGGCUGAAGACGUGGCAAAGGACGAUGAGCUGCUGGUGUGUGUUGCUGAUGGGGCCACACAGAAGGGGCUGGUAACAUACCGGGUCCCUAUCGCUAACCUGACCCCCUUCCACCAGUACCACAUGGAGAUGAACAUGCCAGCAAAGGGGAUUCCCUCUGGAGUGAAGACAUUUGCUACCAUAACCCGAAAACUUCCUCGAAUACCAGCAGAUCCAUCAUGUCCUAACUACUUGGCACUUGAGGUGUUGUUGAUGGCAGUGCAGCGGGUGAUCAAGACACCACUGGGUCCCCUAAUAGCAGUGGCUAGAAUCGUUCCUGACUACUACAACUACAAGAGCGACAAUCUGCUGAGUCAUCCACGGAACACUGGCGUUGUCAUGGAGAACAUCAGCUUCCCAGCAGCACACCCGUCCAACUUUGCUGUAACUGAGCGCUCAAGUUAUGGUCACCCACAGCUCAGCCUCCCGGGUCGCCCAGAGGAGCAGCCAGUCUGGAAUCACCCUUAUCUGUUUGUGGAGCACCGUGAGAAAGCCACCCUGUUCACUCCCGGAGCUGCCCUUGUCAUAGAGUACUAUGUGGCUGCUGAAGCAGUGAAAGUGAAUGCAAACAUUAAGAAAGUGAUGCCUGACCAGUUCUGGCGCAUGCAUUCCCCUAUCGCAUUCUCAGCCAUCCUGAUGGACGAAGAGAUGUACAAACAUCUCACUGCGGACCGCGCCAAACAUGGCCUCCGUAUCAAUGACGUCCCCAUUCAGCCUUAUGUUCUGGGGGUUGAGGGUUCUGAUAUGUCGACCAUUGAUGGACGCCAGCCUACGGUUGGUUUGAUCCUCAGGCUAAUCACAACUGAGACCCCAGAUUCUAUGGUUGCCGUUAGCAACCUGGACGAUGUCCCCACACUAGACCUGUAUCCACCGUCAGACGUGCCAGGCUACUAUCGUGGGGAUUCCCCAGACAUUCUUAAAAUAGAGCCAGGUCGCCCUCCCGCUGCGACCCAGAUGCCAGAGACCCCUCUGUCGCCUGCACACACACCCAAGACUCCUCCUGACUUCAGACAAAACAAGAGAGACCGGUCUAGAGAUCUGGAGCAAUACAAUACGGGAAAAUACGUGCUGCAGAGAGUCAAGAAAAGGCCACUGUCUCCACUCUUGACCAAGACCCUAUAUGAACAAGAUUACCACACUGAAUCACCCAUCAAGGAUGGUGAGAUGCCCCCGUUCACAGCCAUGGAGUCCAUUCUUCCGGACUACCAGUACAUCUUCCAGCCAGGGGAGGGGGGCACCCAUCAGCCCCGCACACCCACACGCACUGCCAAGCAGCCUACACAGCCACGCAUACCUGAGGGUAUCGAGGGUGAUGAUGUUGACGCCAACUCCUUCCUGCUGCUGGACCAUCAGACCAAGGAGCUUGGCAACUACCGGGAUGCUGUACACAAGAUGGGCGCAGAUAUUCUCACGCUGCGAAGACAGAUACAAGAGUUGGAGAACGUGAACAGUUCUCUGCGACGUGACCUGGCCAACUAUAACGAUGCCAGUCGUCUCAUGAUUGACAGUUCGGAGCUGGAUGGGCUGACCAAACCUGAAGUCCUCUCCAGAUAUGCUGCUAUAAAACAGACCUUGUCCUCACAGACCAUGGAUCUGAAAGCAUACAAGGACAAACUACAGAAGGCACAGAAUGAGCUUAUUAAGAAAAAUGACCAAGAGAAGAACUUCCUUAAGACUCAGCAAACAUUGAAGAGCCAGCAGACACUGAUAAACCAGCUGCAGGAGCGCCUCAAGAAGUUGAAGAAGUUGGAGGAGGCUUGCAAGAAGCAGGAGAAUGUCAUACAGCAGAUGGAGAAAGUGCUCGAGAAACACCACCGAGACAGGUCUAAAUACCAGAAAGACAAGGCCUCUCAAGAUGCCAAUGAGGUCUUACUGCAGGAGAACAAGAGACUCAGGGAAACCAUAGAUGAACUCAGGUUGCAACUGCGGACAGCAGGGGUAGGAAAUCCAAAUGAUGACCUUGAGAAAAUGGAACUGUACCAGGCCCUAGAGAAAGCGGAGGGGAGAAUUGCAGCACUCGAGAGACAGCUCGCUGAGAAUGCUCGUUCUUGGGGAAAGGAGCGAGCCGGUUUGAACUUGAAACUCAAUGAAGCGGAACACGGAUUUGGUCGGUCAGCUGGAAUGGUUCUCCACGAUUAUCCAGUCAUUGGUGAACUCGGACAUGGGAAGUCUUCCUUGAAACGCCUGUCCCCUGUGUACCGAUGAUAGGGGAGUUAAUUUUGUGAGGGUUUAAGGGAGGCAACUGUGCAUGGAAUACAAGGGAGAUAAUACUGACCUGUGAUUGUGACCACUGAAUGUUGAGUCAUAUAACUGGAUGGAUGUGAACAUCAUUACAUACAUACACACUUACGCUUGUCUGGUAUUAACGCACAUUUAACUGCAUGACAGAGAAAUAAUAUCAAAAUGUAUGCUUGGUCUGUUAACUUGACUAUGUGCACUGCAGCCUGGAUUCCUGAUAUAUUGUUUUAGUCCUGAAGUCUUUUACUUAUAUCUUACAUUCAAUAUACUUUUCUGUUGUUUUUUUCUAAUGUAUUAUAUUAUAUUAACACAAUAUUUCAGUAUUUUUCAAUUAGAAUUAAAGCAUUGGUCACUUUAAAAUUAGUCUCUCAUAGAAAACACUCUGAUUGCCAUUAUUGUCAUAAUUGAUCUUGUUUCAAUCCAAAAAGCUUUUUUUUCCUUUUUUGCACAAAACAAGCUAUAUAAUGGUAUAAGAAAAUCUGACAUGAUAAUCAAUCUAUCUGUGUAUCUGGCAGACUGCCAUGUGCGCAAUAGCUCAUUAAGUUCUUUUCCUAUUAAUUGUUUAGAUAUUUUUUAUCAUUCACAAAAUUGCAUGUAUUCAAAUUAUGUAUGUUUUUUUUUUAAUUCAUUAAAUACAUUGAACAAGUUUACACUGUCAUGUUCACUUCUAAUUAGAAUGAUGCACCAUGCUAUUGUUUUGUUGUUUUUGCUUUUGUUAACCAAACUGUGAUAAUGUUGUUGAACUAUUUAAGAACAUGAAAUUAAAUUAAAUAAUUAUGUUCUUUUACUUUUUGUUGCUAAAUGUUUUAUUUGUAUCUAGUAGUUAAUCAGCCCAUGUUUUGUAUUGUUUAGGAAUAAUGGGGUUGACCACUAAAUAGACUGAAAACUGAGCAAUAAUCAUUUCAUUGUGAUUUGCAUCGGUUUGUGCAGUAUGGGCCAAUUAUCGAAUGAAAAAUUUUUUGAAAUUCAUUGUAUGAUAUCAAUAAUUACAAUACAUUUCUAUAAUAAAGCAGCUGUUCACAUCAUUCUUUACAUAUGUUUGUAAUUCAAACGAACAAAAACACAACACAUUAAUUUGUUUAAUGCUCUCGUUGAGCUAGGCGGAAAUGCGCACCGACUUAAGGAUCAUUAUUUGUGACAUUUUGUUUUGUAAUUUCUCCGCAUGUUUUUACCAAUUGUUCAAGUCCGUUUCGAUGAAAAAUGUGCAUUACUGUACAGGAAAUGUUUUUUAUGUAUCAUAUGAACAAUGUUUUAUAGUGACUGAUGUCACGUCUUUUGUUAUAAUAAACAAACAUCAAUAAGCAA